AUGAGCUCCUCGCCCACGCCGCCAUUGGCAUCUCCACUUCCACCCUCCAGCAGCAGCAGCGCGUCUAAUGGCGCUCGUCGUCAGCGCGUGCUGUGGGAUAGUGACAGCUCCACACGUGGAGGAAAGACAUCAAUUGGCGUGCUACUGGAAUGGCUCAUGGCCCCAGGCAACUACGGGCGAUGGCGCGAUGGCAAGUCACAGACGGGCGAGACGCGCGAGGCGCUAUGUUCGGAGAUCAAGAGUACCAUGCAGCUGCACGGUAUUCGUCAUCGGGAGAACGCCAAUAUCCGUACGCAGAUCAGUGAGCUAGAGCGGUCCUUUGACGCUGCACGCAAUUGGCUCAAGGAGAACAGCUACGACCCCUUCACGUUCAAGCGCUUAUUGAACGAGGAGGGGGGAGAUAAUGAUGGGGACUAUGAUGAUGAUGGUGAUCGUGGUGCAGAAGUCGUUUUGAUUGGUGGUGCUCAAGGACCUGCUGAGGCUCAUGUCUUGCGAAUGUGUCGCUACUACCACACGCUCAAUGAAGUCUUUGGACAGGGCGAGGGUAAUGGAGUUCGACCUCGACGGACGAAUCAUCAACGCUCGGGUCUCAAUCCUGUGUCAACGAAGAAACGGAGAGUGAAAGUUGAUGAAGCAAACAAUGUGCAGAGAGCUGUUCCACAUGACGAUGGGGCGGUGGAUGGGGAGCAGCACAGAACGCAGGUCGACAAUAUGUCCGUUUCGGAGGCUACCACUGCAGCGCCGGUAAUAACUGCGUCGAAUAAUGUGGAAAGUAGCACUGUACCGAGCAUUACUAUGCCUCCUGCUGCUGCAAUAACAGAGACGUGGGUGCAUCCAGCAGCGCUGGAGAGCACGCAGCGUAUGGUGGCUGAAGCAGUGCGUGAAGAACGCGAGCGGAAGCGAUUUUGCAUGGAGGAAGAGCGCCAUCAGCUUGAGUGCGAAAAGUUGCGGUACGAAAUCGAGGCUGCGAAGUUGCAGCUUACAAUUGACCGCGCGCUUGCACGCAAACGGCUAUUUGACGCUGGUCUCCCAGGAGCACAGGUAAAUGAACUCUUCCCGAAAUAA